AUGAUCAAUAAAUUGAAUGGGAAAGUAACGGCUGCAGCAUCGCUUUUUACCAAAUUACAUUUUCGAGAAACUAUGGAAAAGGAAAAAGGUCAUAGAUUCACAUUGGAAGAAAAAAUGCUGAGUCUUUCAAUUUAUAAAAGAAAACCAAAAUGCUACAGACUUUUAUCAAAUCUUAUUACGCUUAAAUGUAAACGGACCUUGAAUAAUUUACUGAGUACGGUAUCUAUUGGUCCGGGAGUUUCACCUGUGGUAUUGCAAGGUUUAACAGAAAAUGUUAAAAAACUUAAACCAUCAGAACGGUGUUGCUCACUUAUAUUUGAUGAAAUAUUAUUGAGUAGUGGACUGAACUUUGAUUCAUCUGAUGAUAAAAUAAAGGUCAGAAAGGUCAUACAGACUGAUGCAGAAAAUGGUGAGCCACGUUUGGUCCUAUGGUUCUCAAAACACCGCAGCGGGGUCGCCACCAACAUGCUCGUCAGCGAGUGGCUGGCGAAGAAGACCGAAGGCGACAAGACCAUGGUGACCGUCGCGAAACACAAGACGGGCGACAAGGAGCCGUCGCUCAUCGUGCUCGGCGCCGAUCUGGCCGCCCUGAUGGAGAGAUACUAUCGUAUCCGGUGCCGUGUGCGAACAAACAUGAAGCAAUUUUUCAUAACCAACACGUGCGGACGAAUCAUAAAGAUUUACGACGACAUAAACAAAAUAUACAAGCUGCAGAAAACAAAGAGCCAGCUUUCGGCGUGCGUCUUCCGGAGAAUGGUUGAGAGCGAGUCCAGGGGGCACGACAGCGCGACUUGCAGCGGGGUAGCGAAAGCCCUGCAGCACGACCCGGCCACCGCGCUGCGAUGCUACCAGGUGCCGGACGCGAACGAGGCCAUCCGAAGACAGGCACACAUCGACUUCAUCGACCACACGGCGUUGUUUCAGGACAAGAUGUUUGAAGAGUUCGAUACGUUGUUCCCGCUCGAGCCCUACUCCAACGUGAACGGCCUGGGCGGGAUACGGGAAAAACUUACCGAAUCCGAGACGUACGCUGCGUUUCCCAAGGCUAAAAUUUCCGAAGCCUUCCUCGUCAAAAUAAGGGACUGGUUCAACGGAGAAGUAUCCGAGGCCAGGGACGACAUACUGUUCGACGCGUUGAGGGAAGAAUAUACGACGGACAGUGUAUGCAGACAAGAAGUCAUCGAUGCGGCGAAAAGUAACAAGGUCCAUUACUUUUUGAAAUACGACGCCGACAAGACCAUCAACAGGGUGAUCAAGCGGUUCCGGUGA